AUGUUCGCCAGCAUCACCGUUGCCAAUGAUGUCAACGCCGGGUUCAACGCCUACACGGCAGCCCAGGUCAUGGUCGACCGAGCCUCUCAUUCAUGGGAAUGGGGUACCGCCGCGGAAGCUUUACUAGAGCUCUAUAACCCAGAGCUGUCCGUAUUUGGACCCGAGCCCUUCCCUGGAGGCAAGAUUCCCAAAGCGGACCCGUCAACGUUCGCUCUGAGAUACGCGCGGCGGUGCAUCAACCGAAACUCGCAGAUUCUAGUCAGCGACAGCGCCGUGGGUGAUCCCGCUUCCCUUGGGGUUUCGGCUAUCCUACUAGGACAGUCAGAGAAUGUAUACCUCGGCGCCUCUAAGCGGCAGGCUGAGUACUUAUUGAAUUCGGCCCCGAGGUGGAGCAACGGCGCCAUUUCACACAGGUCGGAGGAAGCUGAGUUGUGGAUUGACAACAUGGCCAUGUCCUUCCCUUUCCGCCGUCAAGACGACGACACCUCUCUGAUGGCAGAGGCUGUGCGUCAGUGUGGGCUAUAUCGAGACGUCCUUCAACCAAGCGGGACCUUGAACUGGCGUCACAUUGUCGGCCCAAUGUCCCCAGACUAUGGGCUCUGGUCAACAGGCAACGGUUGGGCAGGCUAUGGCAUGGUGCGCGUUCUUCACACGCUGCAGAAGUGGCCCAGGUCCGCCUCGAUGUCGUGGCAAGCUCAACAGCUCAAAACUUGGAUCAAACAGAUUCUCGACGGCGCAAUGCUCUCCGGGUUUGAUGGUGGCCUGCUGCGCAACUACCUAAACGAUGACAGCUGGUUCGGCGAGAUUUCUGGCACAGCAAUGCUGUCGGCUGUGGCGUAUCGGAUGGCCAUCAACGACCCAGCCAUGUUUCCGCAGCGGUACAUCACCUGGGCGGACACCAACCGCAAAUCGCUCUCUGUGCGACAGGGUCGUGACGGUGUUUUCGUCCCGGCGGUCAACCCUUAUGCGUGGCUCGACAGAAAGCAAUACUACGACGGAUCUUCCGAGGGCCAGGCUUUCGCAGUACAUCUCUACACAGCCUACCGAGACUGUGUCAACGCCAAAGUGUGCGCAGAGCCACCUUCGUCAGCGGCCACCGUCUCUAAGCCUGGUCUUGGGCCCAGGAACAUCGUGACCAUAUUGACCAGCCCUGUCACCUUCACCGCCAUACCGGACCCAACGGGCACCGUCUGUGCUGCGCCUCAGAGCUGUGACGACAGCGACUGCAACGGUACUUUUGAUGGCCUCUCCAAUGGCUGCGCGGGCGCUUUCAACGGCCUGUCCAAGUACCCCACAUGUACUGGCAACUUUGAGGGUUGCGAGUGUAAUGUCACGCCCGAGAUAUGCGGUCCGCAUCAACCCUGUGACCGUAACGGCUGCGCCGGGGCGUUCAACGGCCUCGUCAAAUAUCCCACGUGCACUGGCAACUUUGAAGGCUGCGAAUUCACGGCUGAGAUCUGUGGCCCUCAUCAACCCUGCGAUCGCAACGGCUGCGCCGGAGCAUUCGACGGUCUCGCCAAGUAUCCCAAGUGCAGUGGCAACUUUGAGGGCUGCGAGUGCACCGUGACGCCGGAAAUAUGCGGUCCGCGACAGCCGUGUAACCGCAACGGGUGCGAGGGCGCCUUUAACUGGUACCAGCCGUACGCCCAGUGUUCUAACAAUUUCGAGGGCUCCCCGCAGUGCAACGAUUUCUUCAACGGCUGCGUCUGCCAGGCGACUUCGAACACGUGCGGUCCGAAGCAGUCCUGUGACAACAACGGAUGUGCUGGCGGCUAUGACUCGAACGGCGUGGCCCGGUGCCAGGGCAACUUCCGCGGGUGCGAAUGCAACCCCUCUUCUGCCACAUGUGGAGCUCAGCAGAGUUGCUCGGCAAACGGCUGCAACGGCAUCUAUAACAACGGCAAACCCAUCUGCGCGGGCAACUACUUCGGAUGCGCUUGCGAGGGCGAUCCAAGAUGGAUCCCCGAGCCUCCUAAGCCGCCCCGGCCCGUGGCCCCGCGCAAAGCCGGUUUCAUGAUCACCAUGGUGUCGGUGAUGAUUAACAAGAAGGUCAUCGACUCGUACCAAGUGUUCAACCUCAAAAAUGUCUUACUUCCCGGUGGCAUCUGCGACCAAAGGUUCAUCAGCGGACGCGAGGACACAUCGCCCCGGCCGUAUCCGGAUAGCCUCCCGGCUUUCGAUAUAGACUCAUUCAGCAACUGCAGGUAUUCGGGAACGGCCCGAGUUGUUGGCUCUCUUACGUGCAAUGAUAACCCCCUUGUUGAGUGCACUGCCGCCCGGGGAGGGGCGAGCUGCAAUGACGCCAACGGUCUUAUGAGUGCUCUGGUCCAGUUUAGGAUUGAGUGUUGGAUCACAAGUCGAUCUCAGAAUUGA